CAAAAGCGAAGAAGAGGACCUAGACUUGCUCACUAAGAAAAAUAAUCAAAAUCAAAGCACCAGAAGAACCGAUUCAGAUCUAAAAGCUCUUGUUCGAUCCGUCGAUUCUUAGAUCCAAAUGGCUCUCGAAUGGGUUGUGUUAGGGUACGCAGCAGCGGCGGAAGCGAUCAUGGUGAUCCUCUUGACGAUGCCUGGACUCGACGCUCUCCGUAAAGGAUUGGUUGCUGUGACUCGUAAUCUUCUCAAACCGUUUCUCUCGAUUAUCCCGUUCUGUCUCUUCCUUCUUAUGGAUAUCUACUGGAAGUACGAGACCAGACCUUCCUGCGACGGCGAUUCGUGUACCCCGUCGGAGCAUCUUCGUCACCAGAAAUCAAUCAUGAAGUCUCAGCGUAACGCGCUUUUGAUUGCCUCGGCUCUUGUUUUCUACUGGAUUCUCUACUCCGUCACCAAUUUGGUUGUCAGGAUUGAGCAGCUUAACCAGAGGGUAGAGAGGCUCAAGAACAAGGAUUAAGACCCGCUUCUUCGUUUUCAGCUCGUUUACUGUUUGCUGUUAUUUUGAGUUCUGUCGAUGAGAAGAGUCUUUUUUUUUUUUUACAUGUGUCGUUUUUUAGGAUUUUGGUGUUAUUCAAUGUUUGCUAUGGAGUUUUAAGGAUCUUAAUAUAUCUAUCAAUCCGUGUUUGAUCUCUGUUUUGGUA